AUGAAUAUGAUGGAAUUUCCUUUUAAAGUAUUAACAAUAUGCGGUUGCUGGCAGCCGCAAUCCUGGACGUCGGUAUAUAAACAUAUAUAUCGAAUAUACACAAUUCUAAUACUUUUGUCAGUACAUACUUUUACAUUGUCACAAUUAAUGGAUAUAAUUCUUAUCGUGGAUAAUACAGACGAUUUCUGCGACAACUUGUGUAUACUCGUUGUUACGAUUAUGACUUGCUUUAAAAUGUUCAGUUUAUUGGCAAAUCGAAAAAAUAUUAUUGAAUUGACUGAUAUUUUGAUGAAGGAACCGUGUAAACCAUUUAAACCAAAUGAAAUAAAAAUUUUUUACAAAUUUGAUAAAGACAUACAAGUAAACACUUUUAACUAUACAGUUAUGAGCUUGAUAUCGUGCGCUAGUUUUGCGUUUACAUCUUUUUUUACAAAUUUUAGCGAACGAAAGUUAAUGUUCAGAGCAUGGCUGCCGUUCGAAUAUUCAUCUAUGACCAUAUUUUGUUUGGCAUUUGUUCAUCAACUGAUAGCUUCAUUCAUGGCAACUCUAGUGAAUGUCGGUUGUGAUAGUCUUAUUUUUGGAUUAUUGGCAAAUGUUUGUUGUCAAUUCGAAAUCUUGACAUAUCGUUUAAAGGGAAUCAUGCUUCACUCCGACGGUCUUCGUAAUUGCGUGGAACAACAUUGUAAAAUCUUUAAAUUGGCUUUUCUUGUUAAUUCAAAAUUUAGAACAGUUAUUGGUGUUCAAUUUUUAAUGAGUAUGUUUGUGGUUUGCUUCAAUCUUUAUGAAAUAAGUAUAUUAAAAUUAGAUGUAAGAUGUAUUCGAUUAGCAAUAUUCAUGACUGCAAUGUUAACACAAAUUUUCAUCUAUUGUUGGUACGGCAAUCAAGUUAGAUUUAAGAGUCGCCAAUUUCUAGAUAACCUUUUCGAAAUAGAAUGGUUUACUUUGGACAACAAUUUAAAAAAAUCUUUACUAAUAAUGAUGGAACGUACAGUAAUGCCAAUUGAAAUCACAAGUGCUUAUACUAUCUCUGUAAAUCUUGAUUCUUUUAUAGGUGUUCUUAAGACAUCAUAUUCAGCUUAUAACUUACUUCGACAAAUGAAUGAGUGA